AUGAAAUUAAUUGAAUUUAAAAAUGUCCUUAAUUUCCUUCACAAUCCUACAAGGAAAUUAUAUAAUUUAAAAUAAUAAUUCAUAGGAAUAAAAAGUAUAUUUAAAUUUCAUUUUAUAAUUUUAUUAUAAACUUAAUCAUAGAGCCAUUGUAGACCAGGUUCUAAAUCUGAUAUAUCAAUUCCUACAGUUCUAACAAACCAUGGUUAUUUCAAAUUGAUAAGUUGAAAAUAGAUAACGAUAUCCUAAAUGGAAAUUUACGCUAAAUUAUAUUUACUUAUAAUUAUAAGUAAGGGUUUUCCAAUUAAUAAAGUUAAUUAAGAUUGAAAGUGUGAUUAAGCAUUUUAUAAAUCAUUAAGAUUUGAUGAAUCUACAACAAAAAUAAAGGCAUCUAUUUUAGGAAAGGCUGAGUUUAAAAUAUUGUGGAUUGAAUUAUUGAUAGGUUAAUGAAAGCAGAGAAUAUUAAAUUUAGAAUAUUUAAUUGUAGUUAAGAUAUCUCCUGAAUAAGUUAGAACAUGUUUGAAUUUGAGAGAGAUAGAUUAUAAUAAAGUUCUUUUUCCUGAUUAAGAUAAGCCAAACAUAAUAAAUAAUGGGGGUUAAGAAGUGAAUAUGG